AAUCAACAAGAUUGGCCAAUGGAAUGAAAGCAUGUGUUUAUCUGAAAAGCUAAAAGCAAUCCUGUAAGUCCUCUGUUAGGGGAAUUCAGUGGAGAGGAUGGAGACAUGUGAAUAUGGAGCUCUCAUUGAGAAAUUCACACUGCAACCAAUUUGCUCUUCUUCAGAGCAACUCCCCUUAAAUGGCUUAACCUUUGCCGUGAAAGACAUAUUUGAUGUGGAAGGACAUAUCACUGGUUUUGGAAAUCCAGACUGGGCCAAGACCCAUUCUGCGGCAACAUCUACUGCAACAACUGUGCUCGCUCUUUUGAAGGCUGGUGCUACUUGUAUUGGUAAAACUGUCAUGGAUGAAAUGGCUUACAGCAUAAAUGGUGAAAAUGUUCAUUAUGGCACGCCUGUGAAUCCUGUUUCACCAGAUCGGGUACCUGGAGGGUCUUCAAGUGGAUCUGCAGUUGCAGUCGGUGCAAAACUUGUAGAUUUCUCCUUAGGGACUGACACUGGAGGAAGUGUUAGAGUUCCUGCAUCAUAUUGUGGAAUUUAUGGUAUUCGACCUUCUCAUGGAGUUGUUUCAACUGUCGGAGUCACACCUAUGGCACAAAGCUUUGAUACAGUGGGGUGGUUUGCAAGGGAUCCUCUGAUCUUAAAGCAAGUUGGAAGAGUCCUACUUCAAUCUCCCCAAAUGAAUUCCGUGCGUCCAACUAACAUUAUCAUUGCAGAAGACUGUUUUAAGCUCCUGGAUUCCAAGAGUAACCAAUUGAUUGAAGUACUUGUUAACUCAGUGGAGAAGUUAUAUGGAAGUCAUAUGAUUAAAUACGUGAGUGUCGGGGAUUACAUUGAGGGAAAUGUUCCAAGUUUGAAGAAAUUCAUGACGCCUGGAACUGGCAAUGAUGAAUCUUACAUUCCAUCCUUGCUAGGUCUCUCAGCUGCCAUGCGGUUGCUUCAAAGGUAUGAAUUCAAGGAGAAUCAUGGAGAAUGGGUUAGUACAGUCAAGCCUAGUUUAGGUCCAGGAAUAGCAGAACGCGUAUGGGAAGCACUGAAGGCCACAGAUGAAAAUAUUGAUGUGUGCCACUCUGUGAAGGCUGAGCUUCGAGCAGCUCUCACUGCUCUCCUUGGGGAUUCUGGUAUACUUGCAAUCCCAACUGUUCCUGGACCUCCACCAAAACUAAGAAGUGAGACAAGUGCAUUGGAAGGAUUUCGUGUUAAAGCUUUUAGUCUGUUAUCAAUUGCUGGAGUAUCUGGAUUUUGCCAGGUCAGCAUACCUCUGGGGAUGCAAGACAAUCUUCCUAUAUCAGUUUCUUUACUGGGAAAACAUGGUUCAGACUGGUUGCUGCUAGAUGCUGUUGAGGCUAUUCACAAUGUUCUCAAGAUUUAACUGUGAAAAUUUGUAUCAAAAUGUAACUUACAGCUCUUGUUUCAUGUUAAUUUAAUUUACGUGCAACACUUUCCAUUUUAGCAUAUCUUUCUAUAUUAUGAACAAUCUUAAUUUAAAAUUUCU